GACCUUCAUUUCACCCCUCCCUUCGUACCUUUGAGUCGAGAUCGUGUCCACAGUAGUCGCCCUUUCAGGUGAACCCGCCAUGAAGACGCUGCGGCUGCUCGGCCUGACGGCCUUUUGUCUCUGCGCGUUUGUCGCCGCCGACAACCGGGCGGAGGGACCCCCCCCCGAGGAGGGAGACGUUUUACAGCUGAAGAAAGGCAACUUCAACAGGGCGCUGAGGAAAAACAAGCAGCUGCUGGUGCACUUCUAUGCACCCCUGUCUGGAGAAGGACAUCGUAUCUCGGCCGCGUUCGAGGGCGCCGCCGCCGAGCUUCGGGGGUCAGAGGUCAAACUGGCCGUGGUGGAUGUGGCAAAAGAGAAAGACCUGGCCAAAGAACUCAAUGUGACAGGCCUCGCCACCAUCAGACUUUACCUGGCUGGAGACAAACACAACCCUGUGACCUGUCCCGUUCCUCAGAGCUCGGCUUCCAUCUUAACGUGGCUGAAAAGGAGAGCGGGGUCGGCUGCUGACCUCAUCGCCGAUCCGAGCCAAUCGGAGUCCUCCGAGGAGCUGACGGUGGUUGGCUCCUUUAAGGAGCUGGACCACGAGUACGUGCGCGUGUUUUACGACGCUGCGGUGGACCUUCCUGACGUUAACUUCGCUGUGACACAGAGCAAUGAGGUCAUCACCAAAUAUGGCCUUUCACACGAUGUCGUGCUGCUGUUGAAACAGUCGAAGCUCAUCCAGGCUUACAAAAUGACGCCUGAGACAUCUAAAGAGAUGCUGAUCGCCUUUAUCACCGUCUACCAGAUGGACCCGGUCACAGAGUACACGGGGCAGACAGCCACUCGGAUACUGACCUCGCCCGUGUCCAGCCACGCCCUGCUGUUUGUCAACAAAGGCUCUGCGGCCUUCAAGGAGAUCCACUCUGCUUUCAGCGGUGCCGCGGAAUCGUUCAGGUUGAAGAUUUUGUUCGUGUGGGUGGACGUGGACGAGCCUCGUAACGGCAGGCUGAUGGAGUACUUCCGGGUUCGCGACUUCGAGGCCCCUCUGAUCCGGCUGGUCAACCUGACGGACCAUGUGACCUAUCACCUGCCCUCCGACACCCUGGAUGAGCGCACCAUAAAGGCAUUCUGCCGGUCCUACCUGGAGGGCGAGGCCAAGCCCAAGAUGCAGAGCGAGCCGAUACCCGAAGGAUGGGACGAGCAGCCGGUGAAGGAGCUGGUGGGAAUGACUCUGGAGAAAGUCGGCUUCAACCCCAACAAGACGGUGUUUGUCCUGUUCUAUCUCCCCUACAGUGCGGAGUCCCGUGCUCUGUUCCCGCUGUGGGAGGAGCUGGCCGGGGCGCUGAAGGACCGAGAGGACGUGGUCGUGGCUCGCAUCGACGCCUCCGCCAACGACAUCAACAUGUCGAUGCAGGGCGGAUACCCGUCACUCUGCCUGUUCCCCGCCCUGUACGCUGAGAGGGUUGUGGUUUAUACGGGUAAAAGGAAGGUGAAGGAUCUGCUGAAGUUUCUGGACAAAGAGAUGGAGAAAGCCAAAAAAUACAGAGUGACGGAGGAUGAGGACAGGAGGAAGUACAUCGAGGCUGCGAAAGCUGAAGAGGCAAAACAAGCCAACCAAACCAAAGACGAGCUUUGAUACAGAAACUUACAGUACUUACAGUACUUUGUGUGUGUGUUUGUGUGUGUAAAUGUGUGCAUGUGCGUCUUGUACUUUUUAGUCACAAACAUAGAUCAGGUUUUAACCGUCCAAUCAAAUCCAAUAAAGUCUAAUAGUAUAACACAAAAGUAAAAAUAUUGGUCAAAAUGCUUUAAAAAACUUUAAUCUAUUCUAAUCAGACUGUAUUCCCAUCUCUCAAAUAAUAGAAAUAAAAUAAUAACACAACAAAAUAACUGAAAAUGAGUGAUCAUUUCCA